UUUUACUUUAAAAUGUAAACCGGUUGUUAUUAAUCGAUUAAAAUGGCUGCUCCCAUUAAACAUGCAAGUAGUGAAAAAGGUCGAAAAAAAGUUCUUAAGAAGUUAAGAAAACUUACGGAAACAUUGAAAGAAAAACAUGAUAUUGCGUGCGAAGAUAAACCAUCGCGUAUCAUCUGUGUUUGCAAUGGAGGCCUUGACAACAAUGUAACCUUUGAAGAAAUUAACAACCUAUUUACUCAAUAUGAUGAAAAAUGCGACAUUUUUAUGUUGCCACAAAAAUCAUAUUGCUAUGUGUGCUGCUCAGAUGUUGAAGUCAGUGAAAAGGCAGUAACAAAUCUGAAUGGGUAUAAGUUGCCUGCCAACGGGCAUAGAAAGAUGGAAGUUGUUCUGUACACAUUGUUUGUUAAUAAAGUUCCAGAAAGUAUGUAUCCUUCACACGACAGACCACCUGGUUUGAUUCUACUGGAAGACUUCAUUACACAGGAAUAUGCAGACCAGAUUAUGGCUUGUGUGUUUGGUGAUCAUAACAUACGCUCAGGUGAGGAGGCAGCACUGAAACAUCGCUUUGUGAAGCACUAUGGGUAUGAAUUCCUGUACACAAUCAACAAUGUCUACCCAGACAACCCCCUGCCUGAUAACGUCCCAGACAUCUGCAAGCCACUGCUGUCCAGACUAAGAGAGGCGGGGCACAUUGGCCACACCCCUGAUCAGCUGACUGUCAAUCAGUACAAGCCUGGGCAAGGGAUACCACCCCAUGUUGAUACACCAUCAGCAUUUGAAGAUGGCCUGGUCUCACUGAGUGUUGGAUCACAGGUUCUCAUGGAGUUCAGGCACCCAGAUGGCCGACACUUGUCUGUAUUGUUGCCCAAUCUAAGUGUGCUAGUCAUGACUGGGGAAUCAAGAUAUGUCUGGUCUCAUGGUAUAACUCCCAGAAAGUCUGACAUUAUUCCAUCUAAGGAGGGUGGACUGACACUGUCGCAGAGGGGGCUUCGUACGUCUUUCACUUUCAGGAAAAUCACUGGUGUUCGCCCUGAAAACAUAGACAGUGCUCAACCAAGUGUUCCCACAGAUAACCAUUCUGCAUCCCAGCUUGAAAGUCAACAUGUUCAUCAGGUGUAUGAGGAGAUAGCCGAGCACUUCAGUGGUACCCGGCACACUCCCUGGCCCCACAUCGCUGACUUCCUGCAUGAACAGGCCCCUGGUUCCCUGCUUGCAGACAUCGGAUGUGGAAACGGGAAAUACUUUGGAAUAAAUAAAUCCUUGUUUGAGCUGGGUUCUGACCGCAGUUUCAACCUGGCUGGGAUAUGCAAGGAGCGAGGCUACCAGAUCUACGUGGGUGACGUCCUAGCUGUGCCCCUGAGAGCCGGCGUGUUUGAUGUCUGUCUGUGUAUUGCUGUGAUUCAUCACAUGUCCACACAGGAACGCCGACAGAAGGCAGUGGCAGAACUGUUGAAGAUUUUGCGUCCAGGUGGCAAAGCCUUGAUCUAUGUUUGGGCGAUAGAACAAGAGCUAAACAAAAUCAAGUCCAAACACCUAAAAGACAAGCAAAACACACAGCAGCUUGAAGAAAGAGUGAGUUCCCAGCUUCUUAUGAAAGACACUCAUCCUUGUGCUUCGGACAUUAUUGAUGUCAAUGAGGACACAAAUCUUGAUGAGAAAAAGCAUGUGAAUGAGCAAGAAGUUGGUUAUUCCAAAAGAGAUACUGGAGUUAUAAACUCUGCUCUUGAAAGCAAACACACCAUUCAGCCUUUAGCUGAUAUGCAAAGUACUCAAUCUAGUAAUGACAGAUAUAAAAUGUGUGAUAAUGAUGCUGAUAGACAAGUGGAAUGCUGCACAAGUGAUGAUGUUUUAAACAGUUCUUCACAAGCAAAAGACAAGCCUCAAAAACUUGAAGUUCAUAUCAAUAGAACAUGCUUUAAGCAACAAGAUGUUUUGGUUCCAUGGCAAUUGAAAAGUAAGACGGAGAAUCAAGAUGCAGACAACUUGCAGAACACUUUUCAUCGGUUCUAUCAUGUAUUCCGUCAAGGUGAACUGGAAGACUUGUGUAGAAGUGUGGGCUGUUGUAAGGUGCUCAAGAGUUACUAUGAUCAGGGGAACUGGGCUGUCAUUGUAGAAAAACAGUGAUGCACGAGUAAUAAGUUGACAUAUUGUUAUGUGUGCAUAAGUUUUUAUGCCCCCAGUAGGGUGGCAUGUAGCAUUUGAACUGUCUGUCCGUCCGUCAGUCCGUCUGAAAACUUUAACAUUGGCCAUAACUUUUGCAAUAUUGAAGAUAGCAACUUGAUAUUUGGCAUGCAUGUGUAUCUCAUGGAGCUGCACAUUUUGAGUGGUGAAAGGUCAAGGUCAUCCUUCAAGGUCAAAAGUCAAAAAAUACAAUCCAAGGGAAGUAAUAAGCUUUUAAAGGGAGAUAAUUUCUAAACCUGAUAAAUGAUAUAUUGAAAUUUUAUUUCAAAGUGGUGCAAUAUGGGGCAUUGUUUUUCUGACAAACACAUCUUUUGUUUUUGGUGAUUCUCAUUGAAAAUGUUUGAAAUAUUUAAAUGUUAUUGCAUACAAGUAUUAAUAAAAUGUAAUUGAAAAUUU